AUGUCUAUACGAGGGCCCAUGAAGCGCUCACAUCUGAGACAAGUGAGCGCCGCCAGUAUAGAGACCCUUUCUACUGCCCGGUCGUUGGAGGCCCCCCAUGCUGUUCCCCCAGAGCAGCAGUCAUCAAUCCUAGAUGAAAGGACGAUCCGCUUAGUCUCUGCCAGUCUAGAUCGUCGACAAUGCUCUCUCUGGGUUCAUGAUGAGACCUUCUCCAAGGAAGAGAUCCUGUUCAACCAGGCCGCCUUCAGCGACACCGGGGCGCAGAUCGGCGAUGUGAUCGAGAUCCUGCCCGUUCGGUUCAACGGCGAUGCUACGCAUACCUUCAAGGCGGAUCUCGGGGCCAGGUCGUCACGGGACGUUCACGUUGAGCCCAACCCGACACUCCACCCGGACCCCAUGUCCAAAUUCAAGACCCCGUUACAGGGUCGAUGUCUCUUCGUCGUCAGGCCCCUGCCGCAGGAAAUCAAAGCACGGCAUCCCAAGCUUGAACUCUCUGUAACUAGUGCCGUUGCCAACAUCUUCGGCUUUAAGAACCGGACCACUGUUCAUAUCUCGAUCGUGGAGCGCGCGCACUGUUCCGCCUCUCAUGUAGACAUCUCCUUCCGCGAUCAGUACCUGGUCCGCUCGGACAUGUGGCGGCUGGUCAUGUCCGAGCUGGCGGAUAAGAUCGUCUACAAGGGCCAGAAGAUCGUCUUCAUGGGUAGCAUCAAGGCGACCGUAAAGAAUAUCUUCAUCCGCGGCAAGAAGGUCCUCUCGGGCUUCUUCUCCCCCCAGACCAUCCCCGUCUUCCGCAGCGAGUCGGCCAAGUAUGUCCUGUUCAUCCAGAUGUCGCGGGAGAUGUGGGACUUUGAUUCCGAGGGCACGGGCGAUAUUUUGUUCAGCAGGGUCAUCAACGGCUUCCUUCCGGAGCUCUUCAAGCGUUGGGCCAAUUCCGACGCAAGGCAUCUGGUUACCAUUGUGCUGUUCACCCGCGUGGAGUACGAUGCGACGGCGAUAGGCCCUGCGUCUAAUCUCAACCUGGACAGCUGGAAGAGUGACUUCACGACCAAUGCAGCUCCGACCCGAGAUUUUUACCGCGUGGUCGUCAACGAUAUGGCUAGUGGUCAUUGGACGGCGAUCUUAGAUGAGCUGAAGAAGGAUUUUAGAACUUUCUUGAGGGAUGUCUCUAUCCUCAAGCCACCGGAAGAGAUGCAGACGCCCACGGUUGAUGGCAUCAGGGUCGCCCCCAAAGCUCAGUCUGCAACCAUCGCAGGACGGCCCAGCACUGCUCUGCGCGGCAAUAUCUUGGAAGCGAUUCACCUUGCGUCCUCUCACCUGGCUUAUGAUCACAUCGAUCGUGACAUGCUUCACACGGGAACGUCGAUCAUCGUGAUCACCCCUGGAAGCGGUGUUUUUGAGGUCUCCUACGAGUCGCUGGCUUCGACGACGGAGGCUCUCACCAACCGCGGUAUCGCCAUUGACUUGGUCUGUCUGAGCCCCAUGCCUCUUCACUCAGUGCCUUUGUUCAAAUACCGCGAGCCGGUGAAGCGACCCCAGACGGCCACGUACGGAGGAGACAUUCGGAAUGGAGGCUAUUCUCCAGAGGCUCGUCCAUCCUUCGCAAGCUUCGCUAGUCGCACGUCACAUCUCUCGCCCAAGUCGGUCAUGCAUGGCUCGUAUCCUGGGAUGAGUAGCCGGCAGCCAUGGUCUUCCCAUGCGAACAAUUGGAACUACGGAAUCCCUCACUGGCUCGAUAUCUCAUACUGGAAUCCUGACACUUACCGAGAGGCUCGACGGAUUCUAAAGAAAGAUCCGAAUGCGCCAAUCCCUUUCACUGUCACCAAACAAUCGAAAUUGUUCGUGCCCCGUGUGCGGAUGUACGAGAUUCAGAUGAUGGGUGUUAUGGAGAGCGAGCAGUCAAACAUUUCCAUCCCUUACCUGCUCGAAGGACAGGGAGUCACCAGAGGAGCUAGUCCCGCGACCGGCCUGAGCCCUUCAAGCAUAAGUCCAUCGAAGACACCCUUGAAGCGUAACUCCCCAUUCAGAUACCAGCUUAGUGACAGUCUGCGGCCGGAGCCUUUUCUCCAGAACAUGUCUCAUUCCAAGGAUGCCAUUCUUGCAAAGACGAAGAAGUCUUCGAACUCGGUCAUUGCUUGGAUGGACAAUUAUGACGACGGUGUGUUCCAUGCUUUGCCAAAGCGUUCUCAGCCUCGCAGGUCUGCGAAGAAAAAGCGAACCAGUGAACCCGAAGUGCAAGUCUCCAAUGCUCACGAACGGCUUUCCGCUCGAUCCGUGACUCGAUUGCGCGAGAACGAGAGCAAUGCCAACGAACGCCCACAUUCCGUCAGUUCGGCUCCUCGGAAAAUUGAGCCGUCACGCACCGUGCAGAAGAGUCUGGUUUCGACCAAGGCUGCUUCGCCCAACAAGCCGGCUCUCAAGCCAACUUCUGCUACGAGAGUGCCCCGGAUAUCGCGGACGAUCAGUUUCGCCUUGCGGGGGCUCACGUCCAUCGCACCGAGGGCCCAGGCAAGUACGGAAAUCCAUGUGGAACAUGCCAGAGGUCAGCCGACGCAGAAUGCAAAAAAGGUCUCCGGAAUGCUUGCAGAUUCGAGGAGCGUUGAAUCCUUGAGCACGUCCGAUUCAGCGUCCACGAGAACCGUGAUCGAUUUGUCCACAACGUCUAGCACACCGAACACACCUCAAAAGUCCUCGCAAGGCUCCACAGCUACACCAACGAAGCCAAUCUCGAUCAAGGUUCCGCAGAAGCAGCCCUCUGAAGAUGCCGAGCAACCGGAUCGCUCCGUGGUUCCCGAGUCUUACUCGACCACGACCACAGAGAUUCCGAUGAUCGAUGACUCGCGCCACGAGAGUCGGGUUCGGAGAUCCAAUCCUCGGGUCACGGUGACUGGGAAUGGAGGCUUGCGCGAUAUUUCUUCGAAAAGCCCUCACAACACGGCAUUGGCCCCUUGGGUCCGUUCUAUCAAUCCGUGCAACACCUCGAAGGAGGUUAUGCGGGAGACCAGCUGGUUUGGGCGCUGGCAGCAUGCCUACCCCAGACCUCCCCAUGUGGCCGUCGUCAAAUGGAAAAGUUUGAAGUCCCCUGCCAUUCUACCUCUAACUACGGAAGAAUUCCCCACCGCGAAGGAGCUGGCCUCGGACUACUUCCAGACCCCGUAUCGUGUCUUCCCGAAUGAAGAUGCGGAAGGUAUCGAGCCUCCCAAAACACGAGGUGUGCUCCUUCGCGAGAUGAUCUCCUUGCGUCUCUCUCAUGGCUUUCAGAUCGUGGUUGGCAAAGCUGUUGUAGAAGCCUCUGGGCAGUAUGCUCUGGAAUCACCCAAUGUAUUUGACACGCGUGGGCUGGAAAGAGAUGGUGCUACUGUGUUUCUAUCUAAGGGCAACACCAUUCAUCGAUUGAUCUGUGUGGAAGGCGCGGAAAUUGAAGUGACGCGCUAUACCCAUCGCAACUCCUCCAUUCUUGCCUCGGAACAGUUUGAUGACUUCAGCAUGUACUCGCCGGCGAUGCGGACGAUCUUGAGCCCGCAGUACGAGGUGAAGAACAUCCGACUCGAUUCGAAGCUCGAGGAAUACAACUGGAACUACGCCGACAACUACGUGGCUGGGCAUCGAGACUAUCUCUUUAACCCAUCCCAGCAGCUCCACUUCUGGCGCGUGCGCUAUGUCUUGAUUCCAAUGCAUUUGCACGUGAAUUCCCGCCGUCACAUUCAGACUUUCAACGAAGACAACGAAGAGGAGAUUCACCUUCUUGGUAUCAACCAAUUGACACGGAUCUGGCAGCGCCACAAGUACAUCCCACCGGAGGAGAAGCUUUUCAAUGCUUCGAAUGGCAAAAAGGCCGAGAAUCCGCUCAACAUUAUCUACAACACGCAGAAUUCGUCGGAGGUUGUCGCCGCGGAGUUGGACCGGAUGCAACUGACCGACCCCAGCUUGGACAGUGCGCCUGCCCAGCUGUUGCCUGAGUCUGAGCAGUUUGAGCGCUCCAGCAUCACCUUGUCCACGUUGGCACAGGCCAUUCAGGGCGAGAAAGGUAUACGGAUGGAGGAUCGACGGUGGCAUUGGCGCCUGCACUACAGCUGCUUUAUCGGAUUCGAACUCACCACCUGGCUGAUUCAGACUUUCCGCGAUAUCGACACCCGAGAGGAAGCGGUGGACUUCGGCAACGAACUGCUGAAGCACGGACUCUUCCAUCACGUCGAACGGAGACACAAUUUCCGCGACGGGAACUAUUUCUAUCAGCUCUCGAGCGAAUAUCGGCCGCAUCGUCCGGAGUCGCGAGGCGGCUGGUUCCCUCAGAUGCGGCCGGAUAAGGCGACCCCCUCGACUCCUGCGGCCGAUCACUCGAGCAAUCAUUCCCGCGCGGAGUCGCGAUCCGAGUCUCGAUCCGAGUCCCGGUCCGAGAGUGUGGAUGACUCCAUGCCUCAGGUGCCCAACACGCCGUCCAGAGCCAAGAAUAAAGCUACGAUCAUGCUAUCGAAGAAGAUGCAGUACGACGUGGACCCGCGUCGACGAUCGAACCGCCCUGAGGUCAUCGAUCUUCACUACGACCGUCUGCAUAACCCGGACAACUGCUUCCACAUCGAACUCAGCUGGAUGGGCACGACGGCCAAACUGAUCGAGGACACGGUGCUGUCGUGGGCGGCGACCGCGGAGAAGUUCGGCCUGAAGCUCGUGCAGGUGCCCAUUGCUGAGGCGUCUGCGAUCGACCAGACGCAGCCCUUCCGCAAGCCCUUCCGCGUGCAACUCAAGGUGCCGCCCCCGCGCGGGCCGGUCCCCGUGCCCUACAACCCCAACCCCUCGGCGCCCGUCUCGGCUCAGAACCUCAAUCCGGAUCCCCUCUACUUCCAGAAGGCCCUGCUGCGCAAGUUCGACUUUGUCCUCGACUUCGAGGCCCGGUCGGCGUUCCCCGCCGACGUCGAGGUCUCCUACUCCUGGGGCAUCCCGGACUACCGCUACCCGCAGUUCAUUCACCGCUCGGGCAGUUUGCUGGCCCAGAUCACCGACGAGGGCGAAUUCUUGUUCCUGGCCAACCGGCUGGUGAGCACGCGCAGCACCGCGAGCCGCGACAUGCCGCGCCUGGAGCGCAUGGAGCGCGCGGAGCAGUACCGGGCACGCGCCGGCACGUACGACCCGGUUGCUGCGGACCGCGUCUCCUCGACCUCCUCCCCGCGUCUCUCGCCGAUGGUCCGCCCAAUUUAUGAUCUCACCGGUGACAGUGCCAACCUCCCCCUCGUCGCUCCGCCCGGCCAACACCCCAGCAUCGACUCCUCGAACCUCUACCGCGCGCCCGAGCACAUCCUGAACGGAAUCGUGGACUUCUGCAAUGAUCCCAUCCGUCUGCAGCAGUUCUAUAAGGAGUCGCACGCGCGCCCGGUCUCGACGCGCGUCACGCCCUCGAACCCGCCGACCAAGAUGACGGAUAUCCCUUCGCUGGAGCUGCCGGAUAGUGUCGUGGGCCAUCCGCAGCAUACGCUGCUGCCGGCGUUGCCGCAGCGGAUCCAUUCCAGUGCGGUGCUGAUGAAUCCGUCGACGGAGGCGCGGGCGCGCUCGCGGGACGAGGGGAGUAAUCUUGUGCGGGGGAGUCCGCGGAGUGGGAGUUUGAGGCCGUUGAUGUGA